CGUCUACGCGUAAGCGCUCGGUUCCGAUUGAUUCAUUCAAACAUUCGGCGCGGCUCGGUAAAGUUCUCAAGUUCUCGGUGCAGGGGGGCGUUUCAAAGUGAAAUUUGGGAAACAAAUUUGUUUAGAAAGUGUUGAAGAAUAAACUCUACCUUUAAAUUAUUGGUAAAGGGGAAGGCCGAUUGGCGUGAAUAGGUGAAAAAUUGGUGUAGUCAAGCAAGAGUCAUAUGGAGGGGAAAAGCUGAAAAUAUUUUAUCAAUCCAACCAUAUGUAAGUGUGUCUGUCGGUCAAUGAGCUAGUCUUCAAGAUAUCAUUGUGUAAUAGUUAUGUACGGAGGCAGAAUAGGACCGUAACUUGGACACACAAAAGUUUUGAUUGUGUUUAUUGGUGAAGAAAACAGAAAGAUAUCAUCUUUAGUCAUGGAAAGUCAAACAGAAGUUCGUCCACUCCCAGAUGAAUCAACUGGCACCGGUGGGGUUUCGUUAAAAGAAAAUGCCCAAGAAACAGCUGUUCAAACGCCAUCAAAUGCAGAAAAAUUGUACAAAUCUAUAGAAAACAUGGACGACUACGGCGAAUCUACGGGUUUGCUGGAGCAACAGGUCGCAUCGGUGCGGUUACCCAUCUUGGGGAUGACCUGCCAGUCCUGUGUACGAAACAUCGAAGGCCAUAUCGGUAGCAAGCCAGGUAUCAUCAAAAUCAACGUCCAAUUGGCCGAAAAUGCCGGCUAUGUGGAUUAUGAUCCCAGCAUCACCGAUCCAACGCAGAUUGCAGCCGAAAUAGACGAUAUGGGUUUCGAGUGUCCGUAUGGCGAUGAAACAGAUAACGGCAACAAGGUGUCGGAAACUCGAAUACACAUCGAAGGAAUGACUUGCCAGUCAUGCGUGAGAAACAUCGAAGGAAACAUAAAGGGCAAACCGGGAGUAGUAUCGAUUAAGGUGUUGUUAGAAAAGAAACUGGGAAUAGUGGAGUUCGACCGAAGAGAAACGAGUCCAGAGCAGAUAGCAGAACAGAUAGAUGAUAUGGGUUUCGAGGCUAAGGUAGCAGAAUCAGAAGACCAAAAGACUGACAGCGCUAGGCAGCCUAGCAAUGGGAAAACCCGUUCGGAGAAGUUGAUUUUGAUCGACGAGGGCCUCGCUGCUCCGAACGGGACAUCCAACGGUAACAAGCAGGUCCGACUGAAGGACAUCUACAAACGAUGCUUCCUUCACAUACAGGGUAUGACCUGCGCUAGUUGUGUUUCGGCCAUCGAGAAACAUUGCAAGAAAAUAUACGGCGUGGAAUCAAUUCUUAUUGCCCUGCUAGCAGCGAAAGCCGAAGUAAAAUAUGACGAUAGCUUGACCAGUCCAACGGACAUAGCUAAAUCAAUCACAACGCUCGGCUUCCCGACAGAGGUGAUCGACGAACCCGGUACGGGGGAAGUCGAAGUAGACAUCGAGAUUCUAGGGAUGACUUGUGGAUCCUGUGUAAAUAAAAUAGAACAGACUACGCUCAAACUUCCAGGGGUAUUGAAGGCUUCCGUAGCGCUCACUCUCAAACGAGGACGCUUCACAUUCAACAACGAAAAGACUGGCCCACGGACGAUCUGUGAAGCGAUCCAAAAUCUAGGCUUUGAAGCAACAGUUUUAUCGAAUAAAAAUCGGAUGGCACAUAACUACCUGGAGCACAAAGAAGAAAUUCGGAAAUGGAGGAACGCAUUUUUGAUAUCGCUAGCCUUCGGAGGACCAUGCAUGAUCGCUAUGAUCUACUUCAUGGUUCUGAUGGAAACGCACAGCCAUGAAGAGAUGUGUUGCGUUCUUCCUGGGCUCUCCAUGGAAAACCUUAUCAUGUUCGUCCUUUCCACCCCGGUUCAAUUUUUCGGAGGGUGGCAUUUCUACAUCCAGGCCUACCGGGCCGUGAAACAUGGAGCUAGCAAUAUGGACGUCUUAAUAACAAUGGCAACCACCGUCAGCUAUAUUUACUCCAUCGGUGUGCUAAUGGCCGCCAUGUUGAUGGAGAUGAAAACUUCUCCGCUCACAUUCUUCGAUACUCCACCGAUGCUGUUCAUCUUCAUCUCCCUGGGUCGGUGGUUAGAGCAUGUAGCCAAAGGGAAAACAUCAGAAGCUCUUACCAAACUCCUAUCGCUCAAAGCAACCGACGCCCAGUUAGUAACCCUAGGAGACGACUACGAAGUCCUCAGUGAAAAAGUAAUCUCAGUGGAUUUGGUACAACGAGGCGAUGUGCUCAAAGUAGUACCAGGAAGUAAGGUCCCAGUGGACGGAAAAGUGCUAUGUGGUAACUCAACUUGUGACGAAAGUCUCAUUACCGGGGAAUCUAUGCCGGUACCAAAAAAGAAGAACUCGGUCCUCAUAGGAGGUUCCAUCAAUCAAAACGGAUUGCUUCUGAUGACGGCUACUCAUACCGGGGAAAACACUACUCUAGCUCAAAUUGUUAAACUAGUCGAAGAAGCACAAACCUCGAAAGCUCCCAUCCAGCAGCUGGCCGAUAAGAUCGCCGGAUACUUCGUACCAUUCGUGAUCGCCGUUUCAGUGGUCACUUUGAUCGGUUGGACCAUCAGCGGGUACAUCGACAUCCACCAUAUUCCGAUGUCCGAUGCUGCCAAGGAAGGGCUCAACCGGGAAGAAAUCAUCUUCAGUUACGCGUUCCGCUGUGCCCUAAGUGUACUGGCGAUAGCCUGUCCGUGUGCUCUAGGUCUGGCCACGCCAACUGCCGUAAUGGUAUCGACGGGGGUAGGGGCCUUACACGGGAUCCUAGUGAAAGGUGCCGGUCCUCUUGAGAAUGCCCAUAAAGUGAAAACCAUCGUAUUCGAUAAAACCGGUACCAUAACCUAUGGUAUGCCGAUGGCUUCGCGGGUGUGUAUGUUUGUGAAACCCCAGUUAUGUUCUCUGGUCCGGGUACUUAGCAUAAUCGGUUCGGCCGAAGUGAACAGUGAACAUCCGAUUGCAUCAGCAGUGGUUAAAUUCGUGAAAGAUGCUCUCCAAGUGGAAGUGUUCGGCAAAUGUACAAACUUCAUGGCCGUUCCUGGUUGUGGAAUACGAUGCGUCAUCUCCGGGGUUGAAGGAAUCAUUCGGGACGGGUUGGCUUCUGACAAAAUAAAGAACUACGAAAAUUCCUACAAAAGUGACUCCAGCUCAGUUAGCUUCAUCAACGGGGCCGCCGUAGAAGAACUAAUCCCGCAGUUGAGCCCGUCGCAGAAAAACACCAUCGAACUUCAGCAACUCCUGCAGCUCGAAACAAUAGAGGCGGAAGUUAGUGGCGAAGCAUUCGCAUCAAUCAACGAAUACAACGUGCUAAUCGGAAACCGGGAGUGGAUGAAUCGGAACGCCAUCGUCGUUCCACCGGAGGUCAACAUCAAAAUGACCGAAGAAGAACAGAUGGGAAAUACCGCCAUCCUAUGUGCCAUCAACAAUCAGCUCAUCUGUAUGGUUUCCGUGUCCGAUAUGGUCAAACCGGAAGCCCACUUAGCGGUGUUUACGCUUAAGAAAAUGGGAAUCGAUGUGAUUCUCCUUACCGGGGAUAACAAAAACACGGCAGGGAACAUUGCGCGGCAGGUGGGAAUUAAUAGGGUGUUUGCAGAAGUGCUACCCUCGCACAAAGUGGCAAAAAUUCAACGGAUACAGGAAAGCGGAGUACGGGUUGCGAUGGUUGGAGAUGGUGUUAACGACAGUCCGGCGUUGGCUCAGUCUGAUGUGGGCAUAUCGAUCGCUUCCGGGACAGACGUUGCCGCCGAGGCCGCUGAUGUUGUAUUAAUGAGGAAUGAUUUGCUUGACGUGGUUGCGUGUUUGGAUUUAUCCCGGAAGACUGUUAGAAAGAUACAUCUCAACUUCCUGUUUGCUAGCAUGUAUAAUCUGUUGGGUAUUCCGCUUGCAGCUGGCAUUUUUACACCGUUCGGAUUUAUUUUAGAGCCCUGGAUGGCAUCGGCAGCAAUGGCCCUGAGCUCGGUGUCGGUGGUGUGUUCCUCGUUGAUGCUGAAACUGUACCGGAAGCCCACAAAGGCGGCCCUCCAAACGGCCGAAUACACAGCCCUGGUCCAAGCAGGAGCUCUCAUGGAUCCGGAAACGGUUUCCAUCCACCGGGGCCUCGAUGACAUCCCACGGCCUAACUUUGGCCGUUCGACCAGCUCUACCUUGGCUAAGUUGUUCGGUCGUGGAAAUGCCGUCAAGGAUAGCAACGACGAUCGGCUUCUGGCUUCCAGUGCCCUGAUUGACGAGGAUGAUUACCAGGUGAAAAUAGUUAAAUCAACCAAUUCGGUGUAUAAAGACGCAACCGAACUGAAGGAACUGUAAAAUCGAAAAAACCGUUACUUACCAGAAAUUUACCGCCAUCCGAAAGCAUUGAAAGCUGGUUAAACUACCAAAAAGCAAAUCUCCGUUCAGCAUUUGUUUCGGUUGGGAAGUUCCUUAAAAAAAUUAAUGAUGAUUGGAAACUCUCAACCGGAAGGCAGCCAUAAUUGCUGAUCAAAAAAAUUUUUUUUAAGUUGAUUCUCCUCACUUUGAGUAAUUAUUCAAUUUUUUCAUUUUUUAUGUAAGGACUAAAACAAACCAUUCAGUGAAUUAUUUUGUGAUAUUGUCUUGCAAGUAAACUGCAAAAAAGUUGAGGCAGAAAAAGAUGAUUUUUGUUUAAGUGUAUUAUUAGUUUUUCGAUAAUUUAGAUUGUAUUUUUUCGAGGUUUUUUUAAAGUACUUAUUUGAACGACGGGCACAAAACGAGCAAGCCGAAUUAUUUAUCAGUUGAAGGAAAGUAAGAUGUGAAUAGAUAGUUUAUAAAUAAAAAAAACUUAU